AAAAAAGGCGGGAAAUUUGUUUGAGUUUGUCGAUCCGGUCGAUUUAUGGCAAUAAUAUAACCUCAAAUGUGAACUAAAGCCGGGAAUAAUAUGUGGCCGGGACUUAAAGCAGAUCCAUAGCAGAUCAAAGUUUGGUUUUUACAUUAUAACUGCAUAUAAAUAAUUACUUAUACGAGAUUUUAAUACCACGGUGAAACGCUUUUUUCUUAACUUAGAUUCAUAGAUAAAAAUGGAGGAAGCUGUAGUAUCCGUGAUUGAAAUUCUGGAUGAAAAUACAGAGAUACAUAAAAUAAACAAUGAAACAUAUAUUUUCAAUAAAAAAGAAAGUACCUAUGAACCUAUAAAUUUGCAAUAUGAAGAUAUAGAAGCUAAUAACUCAACUUUAGAACUCCUCGAUAAAAAAAGUCCUCUUUCGCCAACUGAUUCAAGUUGUUCUACAAAUUCAAUACAAGAAUGUAAGAGAUUGUGGACCAGAGAUUUAACUCUAUAUUUCAUCAAUUUAGUUAGUGAAAGAGAUGAACAGUUUCAAACCUGUGUAAAAAAACAUAUUUGGACAAAAAUUUCUUCCCAACUUAACGAGGAACAUGGAACUACCUUAACUUGGCAGCAAUGUGAAACCAAAUGGAAAGGACUGACAAAAAUAUAUCGUGAAAUUGUAGAUCACAAUAAUACUUCAGGCAAGCAAAGAAGAAAGUGGGAGUUCUUUGAUGCAAUGCAUGCUGUUCUCUUCAAGAAACCAGAAAUAUUGCCAGUUGCUACUUGCAGCAGCAGCUCUGGAUUGCAAGUAAAUAAGUCAGGAGAAAAGAUAUUCAAGAAGAGUGCUACUGAUAAUGAAGAAGAUAAAAAUGAGGAGACACUACAAGAUUCUAAUUUUGUUAAAAAGAGAAAAUCUUCGGCCAGGUCUAACAGCAUAGAGAGGAGACAUAAAGAAAAAAUGAUGAGACAGGAUUGUUUUAAUAACCUAUUUCAAAAAUAUAUUGAUAUAUUACAGAGCCAACAAAGCAAUAGAAAGCAAGAAUAAAAUAAUUUGUUUACAUUUUAAUAAGUAUUUAUAUUUUUGUACAUUUUGUAUGUAUA